AUGGUUCCUCCGGUAGGCAUUAUCAUUACUGUCACCGUACUAGUAGCAGCCAGUCUUGCUGCGUACGAAAACCCUCAGGUGCGGGCAUGGAUCGACCGUACCAGACAAAAGAUUGCCACGGGGUUCAAUUCCCUUGGUGAUGGGCCUCGCCCAAGCCCGAGAACGCAGCGCCGUUCUACAGAUGCCUCGAUGUAUGAAGAGAAGAGCGAGGAUGCUGAAGCACGCCGGCAACGAGCUGUAGCCGAGAUCAUGGAAAGAAGCCGCCUUAUGGAAGAACAACGGAGGAGGAGGAGGGCAGAAUUAGAAUCAGGGCAACCUCAAUCUCCCAAUUUUGAUAGCCUGGUAGACAGCAACGGCAAUCUACGAGAAAAACCUCGAAAUGAUGGCCUGGACCAGGCGGCAACGUCGGCUCUCGAACCGACUGAGCAGCAGAACCAGAUGCGGUCUCGAUUUGGAGCGCAAGACUUGAAUUGUCAGCCGAACCUGCAGCAACGAGGGCUACAGAAAGCUGCUGAGGUGGUCUCGCCUCUCAGCGAAUCAAUCCCAACUCCUGUUGAGGACGACAAUGGUUAUCAGCCCUUUGAGUCUAGGUACGAGCAGGAGAUGCGUGAGGCUUGGAAUAUCCCACUCUCCGAAAGGCGCAUCGACAUACCGUCUAGUCAUGCGUCUGAGAGUCUGGUUGUGCUCACACCGUCAACUGACGUACCAGAUCCUGAGAUCUCGAUACCUUCGGCAGAUCAUCUUCACCGGCCUGUUGAGAGAUCAGAUUAUUUUUCUGCUCCCAUGUCCAACUCAACGCGAACUUUAUCAGAGCAUGGCUCGAUACCACUCGGAUUCAACAACUCUCUACACAGCAGUCAAAUGAGUGGCUCUAUCCAUCAUUCAGUAAACGAGCCUUCGUCACAUGCUCCAAGUAUUUCUGGAAGUAUAAGUGAGAUUCAUGCAAGCGAAGCGGAAGACACAUCGGAUGACUUGCUCAGCGAGCAGGGUGAUGGAAUGCGCACUCCUGGAAGUGUCUGGACUGAAGUGGACAGCACGUUUAGUGGUGACCACUGA